CUUCUGAGUGGGAGACCUUCCCAGGCAGUAGCCUGCCUAGCUCACAAACUAGAAUCAGGGCGCCCACUCCGACAAGGUUAAUUGAGCCACACGGUGACAUGAUAUCAUCGACAUGACGUGCAAAUGAGCGAUAGAAAACCGAUCGCGCAAAUGUCACCAUUCUGAAUUUUUUUUGUGCGGGCGCCCCAAUGCCGCCCUCGGCAAGAUGCCUCCCUUGUGAAGGUUUGUGACUCAACUUAGUCAUCACCAAUAUUGAGCACCUAUUUAAGUGAUGACUGCCAUUUUGGACAGGAAUGAUCACCACGAAGCAGCUAAGGAGGAGAGGUAGGGAUUUCUUUUGUUAGAUAAAAUUGGAGCAUGGUAAGAAAGCCAUUGGAUUUUGACAGCCACAUUGAAAAUUUUGUGACAUGACAUCAGUGAGCCCUCUCCUACAUGCCAUAAGUAAAAUGAGAUCUUUUAAUCGGUGUAUUGUUUUUUUUUUUUUUGUCUUCUUCUUCUUGGUUCAUAGAUAAGUCUGCCAACUAGUGCCACUUCUAGCAGCUAGCUCUCAGGAAGUCUCCUAGUUUCAUGCAUCGGCCUCAGAGGGACUCUCUUCUGUGCUGCCUCACUCAUACCCGUGAGACUAUGGACUAAAGUGACCCACGUGACGUUAGACACAAGCAUGCUUGCAAGGAGGUCGCUGAAAACCCCGCAGUGAAUAUACGGAAAAUGAACGUGUAAAAGGCUGGCGACCACAGAGGCUAGUGCUGCGCAUUGGGCAGCGUACCCACAUGAUCACAUGACUCUGGACAUGGACGCGGUCCUGUCAGACUUUGUUCGGUCCACGGGGGCAGAACCUGGUCUGGCAAGAGACCUGCUGGAAGGUAAAAACUGGGACCUGAGUGCAGCUCUCAAUGACUUUGAGCAGCUCCGGCAGGUCCAUACUGCCAACCUGCCGCAGGUCUUCAACGAGGGCCGCUACUACAAGCAGCCGGAGCGGGACACGCCCCAGCACCUGAGCAAGAUCGAGCGGCCAUGUCAGCAGAGACAGGAGGACAACGCUCAAGAGAAGCGCCUCUCUCGGGGCAUCUCCCACGCCAGCUCCGCCAUCGUGUCCCUGGCGCGCUCGCACGUGGCCAGCGAGUGCAGCAGUGAGCAGCUGCCCCUGGAGAUGCCCAUCUACACCUUCCAGCUGCCCGACCUCAGUGUCUACAGCGAGGACUUCCGCAGCUUCAUCGAGAGAGACCUCAUCGAGCAGUCCACCAUGGUGGCCCUGGAGCAGGCCGGUCGGCUGAACUGGUGGUCCACCAUGUGUACCAGCUGUAAGCGCCUUCUGCCCCUGGCCACAACGGGGGAUGGAAACUGUCUCCUGCAUGCAGCAUCUUUAGGGAUGUGGGGUUUCCAUGACAGGGACCUGGUGCUGAGGAAGUCCCUGUAUGCAAUGAUGAAGAGUGGCGCAGAGAGAGAGGCUCUGAAGAGAAGGUGGAGAUGGCAGCAGACACAGCAGAACAAGGAGUCAGGGUUGGUAUACACAGAGGAGGAGUGGGAGAGAGAGUGGAACGAGCUACUGAAACUGGCCUCCAGUGAGCCGCGCACUCACUUCAACAAGAACGGCAACACCAGCGGAGGGAUGGAUAAUUCAGAGGACCCUGUCUAUGAGAGCUUGGAGGAGUUCCAUGUGUUUGUUCUGGCCCAUGUCCUGCGCAGGCCCAUCGUGGUGGUGGCUGACACCAUGCUCCGGGACUCUGGUGGAGAAGCUUUUGCUCCUAUUCCAUUUGGAGGGCUCUACCUACCACUGGAGGUCCCUCCCAACCGUUGCCAUUGCUCUCCUUUGGUCCUGGCCUAUGACCAAGCCCACUUCUCUGCGCUGGUGUCUAUGGAGCAGAAGGACCAGCAGCGAGAACAAGCCGUCAUCCCGCUGACCGACUCGGAACACAAGCUGCUGUCCCUCCACUUCGCUGUGGACCCAGGAAAGGACUGGGAAUGGGGGAGGGAUGACAAUGACAACGCCAAGCUGGCCAAUCUCAUCCUGUCAUUGGAAGCUAAACUCAACCUCCUGCACAACUACAUGAAUGUAACGUGGAUACGGAUCCCAUCAGAAACAAGGGCUCCCCUGGCUCAGCCAGAGUCUCCCACGGCGUCGGCGGGCGAGGAUGUGCAGUCUCUGGCCGACUCCAUGGACUCCGACCGUGAGUCCGUCUGCAGCAACUCCAACGUCAACAACGGCAAACCCGCUAAGGACAAAGACAAGGACAAGCAGCGCAAGGACAAGGACAAGGACAAGAACCGGACCGACUCGGUCGCCAACAAACUCGGGAGCCUCAGCAAAACCCUGGGGAUUAAGCUGAAGAAGAACAUGGGGGGUCUGGGGGGGCUGGUCCACGGCAAAAUCACCAAGAACAGCUCCGGCAACGGCCGCAACAGUGAGAAUGGGGAGAAGGCCAAGAAGAAGGACUCCAAGACCCGCAAAGGGAGCAAGGAGGAGUCGGGACAGUCUGCCAGCACGUCCUCCUCAGAGAAGGCCACCAGCCCGUCCCCCACUGACAGGGCGUCGGGGGCCUCCCCGGUGGACAAGCGUGGCGGCUCAGGCAAAUCAUCCUUGGGUGACAGGGCCUCGGACCCCUGGAAGUACAGCACGGACGUCAAGCUGAGCCUCAACAUCCUGCGGGCGGCCAUGCAGGGUGAGCGCAAGUUCAUCUUCGCCGGCUUGCUGCUGACCAGCCACCGGCACCAGUUCCACGAGGAGAUGAUCAGCUUCUACUUGACCAGCGCCCAGGAGCGCUUCACCGCCGAGCAGGAGCAGAAGAGGAAGGAAGCCGAGAAGAAGCCCCCGGUCAAUGGGAUAGCCCUGAAGAAGCCAGAGCAGGAGACCACCUUCCAGAAGGAGAGGUCAGACAGCUCUCCCAACGAGGGCUGCUCCCCGGUCCUGCACCAAAGCCAUAACUCCCAACUGGCCCUGAAGAUCCAGGAGAGGCACAGUCCAACGCCCGCCCCCUUCUCCUCCCCCAGUAACGGUGCUAAGAAAUCUGGGCCCAUCCCUGUGUCUGCCCACUAUAGCCAUACCCCGCCCAUUCAGAGGCAGAGCGUCAUUCAUUUACGAGACGUCAACCUGCAGUCGUCCAGCUUUCAGGAUGACCCCUACAAGCCUGUGGUGGGUACCCUAAAGACCUGUGCCACAUACCCACAACAGAACCGCUCUCUUUCCUCUCAGAGCUACAGCCCCGCCCGCAUGUCGGGGGUGCGCACCGUGGAGGCCACGGAGUCCCUCUCCUACAACAUGCCUGGAGAACACAAGUCGCACACCUACACCAACGGCUUCAACGCCAGCGAUGUCCGCGACUGCCUGGAGUUCGCCGACGAGGAUUCCCCUCGGGGCUGGCUGAGCCACGACAAAACCAAAGGCCGCAGCGCUGGGUGCACCCUCUACUGCCCCCAGCAGAAACGCUGCAAGAGGGAGAACUGCUCCUUUUACGGCCGGCCGGAAACAGAGAACUACUGCUCCUACUGCUACAGGGAGGAGCUGAAACGCAGAGAGAGGGAGAGCAAGAUGCACAGACCUGGAUAGCCCAUGCAGACACGCCAGCCGGAGUGCACGGCUGGUGCAGGCAACCACCACAGAUGUCCUCAAAGGGAGGGAGAAGCAAAAUCGCCCUCUUCACUACAAGAAUAACACCAGAUAAUGGCAAACAGUAGACAAACGGAACAAAUUUCCUACUCUAUUUAAAGAACCGUUUUGCUUUUAUUCUUGUUACCUUUCUCUCAGUAUCAAAAGACACAAUUACUUGAUAACAAAGGAGGUGCAAUUGACAUCAGUCCACAGCUUUGGCCAGAGAUUAGUGUGAUUACUUUAAUUUCUUGCUGAAUUCAGUAUUUAUCUUUGUUCAGGAGCAAAAGCUCAUAUCUGUGCUGAUCUUCCCAGAAGCCAUAUUGCAAAAACAAUAUAGUAUUAAAAAUCAACAGACAAAGCAUAUGCACAUGGCUUAAAAUAAAGUGGAAGUGAAACUCUGUUUAGAAUUGUUUCAACUAAAUUAAAUGCAAUACUGUCCAGACUGGACCUUGAAGUCUGUUAAAAUAUAAUUUCAUGUCGUGGUGAAAAGUGCUACUUAGAGAGGCAAAUGCACAGGUAACUAGUGAAUUUUAAAAAGCAAUAAGUUUCUCGAUGUCAGCAAACUUUCUUUUUUCUAUGCAUCUAUGAUGUUGACAGUUAUUGUUUUUUUCUUGAGCAAGGGAUUGGAACAACAGCCACUAACUAACCCAGCUCUGCAUCCAAGUAAAUCACAAUGUGUUACACAGGCUAAUUGGAAGAAAUUAGUCAAACAGGAUGAACAUGAAAACCUGAACAUGAACCUUUUUAUUUGCACAUUAUAUUCCUGUAGUCCACCAUAAUAACCUGCGAGUAGAGGGGCUCUUGCUGAAAGGCAUACAUACAGGAAAUAGAUUCUGUCCUUUCUCACUAUAACACUGCCAUGCUUACAUAAACAUUAACUGUUUACCUGAAACAGUUCCUGUUCAUUAUGUAGAAUUUCCACAGAAAAAAUCAUGUGCCAAAAAAAAAGUUUUCAAAUCUAGGACUACAGCUGUUCUCAGGUAUAUGACACAAAAUGGAAUGCUCUCAGAAGCGUUCUAAUGAACUGGAUCUGUGAUCUUUUAACACAAAAAUUGAGAGGAAACCCCCAUGUUGUUUGUUUAGUGUGUCCACUUCAGAUACAGAACAUCAGAGGCACCGUUGCUCAGAUGUCAGGGACUGGGGCGAUUGUCGUCCGUUGGCAGGUGGCUUUAUUGUUUUUUUUUUUCGUUUUUUUUUUUUUUUUUACAUUGCUGGUCACCGUUCACUGCAUAUGCUGACGUAGAGACAAGGUCCAAACCAUACACCGUGCAGAGCGAUGCAGGUGUUUCACAGGCUGAAAUGAGUGAUAAAAAUCACUGAGGGUAAGAUAAGUUCUGCCUGGUCGUAAUACUCAUUUAGUCUCCAAUGCCACGUUGUAUCCUCAUUAGUUGGGUGCAAGAGUAAUUCAGUGCUUCAUUCUUGUAUCUGGCCUUUUCUUAGGACUUGUUAUUUAACAAAAAGUUAAUAAGCACUGUAAAACAGCUCCAUCUUAGCAAUGUCGUGUUUGUUGUUCCUGUAAUAUGCCUAAAUACCAUGCUGUCCUUAACUGACUGUCUCCUGGCCAAAGAUGCUGGCUGUGUUUCAGUUCACCUCCAGGUUUCUACUCCACGGGCUACGGUAUUCUUCUUUCUCUGUAUGUAACAAGUUCAUGGA